AUGGCAACAGCCUGCAAAGAUGAAGAGUGGCAGAGAAGGCUUGAGGAGAUGGGACAGGCGCACCUCUUGCCACCAGACGCCCGGCCUCAAGAUUUGCGUCGCUUGUUCAUGCAGCUCGAGCAGGCCGACAGCUCGUACCCAGGCGGGUUGUGCGCGUACAUUUCGCGCGCUCGCACGUUGUUGGCGGCGUCUCAGGCAGGCGCGAAUCCGUUUGAGGGGUGUACCGCAUAUAAGCCCGCGGGCGAGCGGGUGGAGGUGCCGUCGCCGCUGUUUGAUCGCUUAGAGGCCCUCGGCUCUGAGGAGCUCCACCAGUGCGCAUUUGUUCUCGUCGCCGGGGGCUUGGGGGAGAGGCUCGGUUACAACGGCAUCAAGAUCGGGUUGCCUUGCGAGACGACGACUGCGAAGACCUUUGCGCAGCUGUACUGCGAGUAUCUGCUGGCGAUACAGACGCAGUGGGAAGAGCGCAAAGAGACGGAAGGGGCGAGGGAGUCGCUCGAGGGCCAGCAGAGCAGCGGCAAGACGCGCCGUCUGUUCUCUGGAUGCUCGCCUUCCGGGGGUGCGUCAGCGGUGCCUCUCGCGAUCAUGACGUCGGAGGACACGCACGACCGGACCGUUGCUUUGUUCGAGCAGCACGCCUUCUUCGGCCUUCAGCGCGAACAGGUGACGUUCAUGAAGCAGGGGAAAGUGCCUGCUUUGCGGGACAACGAGGCGCGAAUUGCGACGAGUGCAGCGGACCCGUUCGAAGUCCUCAUGAAGCCGCACGGCCACGGAGAUGUACAUACACUGCUGCACCAGCACGGCCUCGUCGAGCGCUGGAAACGCGAAGGGAAGAAGUGGAUCGUCUUUUUUCAGGACACCAAUGCUCUCAUCUUCAGAGCUCUCCCGGCGACGCUUGGCGUAUCGAAGCAACAUUCUUUCGCGAUGAACACAAUCACUGUGCCCCGGAAGCCUUCGGAGGCCAUGGGGGCUAUCUGUAAACUCCAGAAAGCAGAUGGAUCUUCCAUUACGAUCAACGUCGAAUACAACGUCCUAGGCCCGCUUCUCAAGGCCGAAGGCAGGGGCGACGACCCGACGAGCGACGGCUUCAGCUGUUUUCCCGGAAACACAAAUGCCCUCGUGUUCAGCAUUGAGCCUUACUGCUCUGCGCUUCAACGCACGGGGGGCACUGUUCCGGAAUUCGUCAAUCCCAAGUAUAAGGACAGCACGAAGACGAGCUUCAAAUCACCCACCCGGCUGGAGUGUAUGAUGCAAGACUUUCCGCGACUCUUUUCACCCACUGACCCGGUCGGUUUCACAGAGCUGGAUCGCUGGUUUUGCUACAGCUCUGUGAAGAACAACGCCGCCGACGCGAAGCAGAAGAUUGCGGCGGGCAUUCCGCCGGAGUGUGCGUUGUCCGGCGAGGCUGACUUGUACUGGAGCAACGCGCGUUUGCUCGCCCUCGCUGCGGAGAGCGCUGGCGCUAAAGUCGAGGUGGAGGAGGCAGAAGCGGUUUGCGCUCGUGAGGUGACUUACCCGAUGGGCCCCAGAGUCGUUCUCGCCCCCUCAUGGGGCCUUUCGGAGGCCUGCAUGCGCCGCAGGCUGCAGGGCGCCGCGACUCUCAAACUCUCUUCGACGUCCACGCUGAUUGUCGAGGGGGAUGUUUUCAUCAAACACCUCGAAUUAGACGGAGCAGCAGUUCUGCGCGCGGCACCAGGAGCAAAACUUGUGGUGAACAAGCUGGUUGUGAAGAACGAAGGAUGGCCUCUGAGGAUUCUGCAACAGACCCAAGACGCUCCUCCGGCGACGGCGAUGCGGGGAUACACCUUUGACCACAAAGGGACGUACACUGCAGAGAACACGGAGGUCGGCACUACGAAAACCAUCAACGAAGGCUAG